AUGGCCGCCCUCCAUCGCCCCUUCAGCAUCGGCACGGAAGGCGAUCUGCUCUCAUCGGAUCCGGCCGACUACGCCUACGAGCCGUGCCGCAAGCACUACUCGCGGCCUUCGUCGUCGUCGAACCGCAACGCCAGCCGCAGCCUCUCAUCGCCCCGUAGGCAGGCUGAAGCUAGCAUCGACCCGCGAGCAGACGCCUGGACUGGCUGGCCCGCAUACACCGGCACAAGCAAGAUGCAGACUGGCCCGCAGGCGCACUACGACCAUGGCGCGGCGUACCCGGGCUCGGGCGCAGUGCUGGCGCAUCGCACCGCCAACCAAACCCGCCCGGCUGUUGAGGGCAGGAGCAUCGGGUCACAGGCCGACUCCGGAUACGCCGACUCGCAUGCUCCCCCAAAGCCCCCGAGUCCGCCGCCGGCACCUCCGAUGCCCGCCGCCCCCAGCUCGGCUCGCCACGACGCCGGCUCAAACACGUUGGCCUCGUUCGGCCUCGAUGUUCCUGCGACGACCGCGGCGGCGACUGACCUGACCCCGAAGCGCCCCGUUCCGAUCUGGGAGUGGUGUGCCAACAUGGUCUGCUACAUCUGGUUCGCCGGCGUCGCUACCCCGGAAGCCUCGCCCGCGCCACCGUCAGCGACCACUGCCACCCCCUGCCGCAGCCCGACGGCCUUCAAUGCACCCCUGCAGUCGUCGCCGCUCGCCAACCGCCGCCAUCGCAAGAGCGAUAGCCUUGGCAGCCUGUCGGAGUGUUCAAAGUUUUCCGCCCACGACCUCAGCCAGGCCGUCGAGGCGCACCUCCGCGCCAGCGCUGACCCUGUGCGCUCGCCCAGCUCGGUUGCCGCGGACAGCCGCCGCGACCCCCUGAGCCUUCGCCUCUCGGCGCGCCACCGCUUCAAGCUGUUUGUCAAGGAUCUGCUCAGCACGACGCAGGUCUCGAAAUCGGUCAUCCUGCUCGCACUGCUCUACAUCCAUCGCCUCAAGUCUCGCCACCCCGGCCUCCGCGGCGAAGAGGGCAGCGAGUUCCGACUGUUCAUCACCGCGCUCAUGCUAGGCAACAAGUUCCUCGACGACCACACCUACACGAACAAGACUUGGGCCGAGCUGUCCGGCAUCGAGCUCAAGGACAUCACGCGGAUGGAGGUCGAGUUUUGGCUCGGCCUGUCGAUGAGCAUCUACGUGUCCGACGUCGACUUCCGGCACUGGAUCAAGACUCUCGAGCAGCUCGCCCAGCGCCGCCAGCAGGCGCUCAUCCGCCGCGAGAUGGAGGCUGCGCGACGAUCCGCCAUUCGGCAGCAGCAGAGGCUCCAGCGCAGGCAGCAGCAGCAGCUACAGCAGCAGCAGCAACAGCUCCAAAGGCAGCAGAGCUUCUCUCGCCAGCUGCAAUGCUCCCGGGCAAGCCCGAGCCUGCCAUGGAGCCCGCACGCGGCCUACCACUCGGACGGCGGCGCAUCGCCAAACAGGAGCGGUCCCAUGCCGACCUUUGCUCCCUUGCUGUUCAGCCCGUCGUCGCAGCCGGUGGACCCCGUGGACCCGCGAAGGACGCCGACAGACGCCGCCUGUCCCGUCUACCCAGCAUUGCCGGCAGUGGAUGGCCUCGGUGCACUCUCCGGUCACACGCAGUACGACUAUCGACUUCUAUCGCCGGACAGGGAUGACUACCUCACCGGCAGGAGGCCGUCCGGCGCCACGAAGCGCUCGCUCGCAGCCGUGCACGGUAGCGAGCCAGCGUGCGCCUAUUCCAGCCCCUCGCCCGAGAGGCCCCGAAAGCGCAUGGCCGCGCUUGAGCCCGCCUACUCGAUGGAGCGAUCGCAGCGCACCUCCCUAUCGCCGUGCGGACAGCCGGUGGCUCCCUGCUAUCCCGAGGGGGACCCGUCGGCCCAGGCUGCAGCUUGCGGCGUCAGCCCCAUCUCGAACCAACCCUUUCCGAGGUCGGUGUUCGAGCCGCUCGUCACCACGCCCAACACCCUGCUUGCGCCCUACAUCUCGCACCAGACAGCUGCCCAGGCCCAGCAGCAUCGCCAGCACCCUCUCGCCUACUGGCAGCUCGCGGCGGGACACGACCGUGGCAUCCUCGGCGUCCACCUUCCCGCGCCGCGUCCGUCGUCGAGCGGCGAGUACUACGGCCCUGCUCUCGCCGACAGUGGCCGACGCGGCAGCAUCGGGUUCGCCGUUGGCACGCCGCCUCACAACCGCCUGGCUAGGCACGGUGCAAACACCGCAACCGCUUACUAUCCCUCGUCGGACCCGGCACAGCCAAUCGCAUCGGCCGGCUACGCUAGUGUUGUGCCGUCGAAGCAUCUGGUACUCGAUGCGGUCGAUGCUGACCAGGCACGUCGUGGGAAUGGCCCGACUACGCUGCCGCCACUGGCCAGCUCGGCCGGAAUGAGCGGCGGCACCGUUCCGCACCACCAUCUCCAGGACCCUCACCUGCACGCGAUUCAGCCUGCACAGCAGCUCUACGCCGCUCCGCAUGUGCCGUUCAACAACGCCGAGGGCAGCUACGUCGACCCGUUUGCUCGCUUCCUCUGA